CACGAACAAGCUACAAGACCUCUAACAUGGAUUGAACCAGCUUUAUUUGUUAGAAGAUUGAAAGACUGGCUGGCCAGUAGCUGAUACAACCAGAGAUGAAUGAAGCAGCUCUGCUCCCUAUGAUCCAGGCAGGAGACGGGAGGACACUGUCCAGAGCAGAGUUUGUCUCACUGCUGAAUACCUACAACUGCUUCCUGAAGGACAAGACUCAGCUGCACCUCAGUUACUGUCAGGGGGAGGAUGGAGCGGUGGUAGUGGAGGGCUUCCUGAACAUCUCCUGGGGAGUGCGGAGACCCAUCAGGCUGAAAAUACAGGACGACAAACAGAUGCUUCCCUUUGCUCCUCUGAUCUCACCUGACUCCACCAGUCCAGUCAGCCCACUGGGAAACAAGAGGGGUAUGACGCGAUGGGGAGAAUAUGUUGACCUUCACCAGAUUGAUGAGAUGUCUGAGACGCCACAGGAAACAGCAGUCAACAAUCAUCCACCAGGCCCUGUUGUUUAUGAGACCACCACCUUGCGUCCUGUGAGGCAGAAGAACCCGGAGCUGGAGGCAGAGUCCAACCUGUUUCGCUGUAUGAGUGAUGCUUCAUUGGUCAAGAGGAGGAGGGGAAGGGGGAAGUCUGCGGCACAAAGAGAGAAAGAAAGACAACAUCGCUUUUCUAUCAAUGGACACUUCUAUAACUAUAAGACCUCUAUCUUCACGCCAUCCUAUGGUACGCCGACUAAAGUGCGUAUCUCCAGCAGGAUGACCACAAACCAGGUCAUUGAACAGCUACUAAACAAGUUCAAGAUAGAGAACGACCCUCAGGAGUUUGCUCUGUACUGUGUUCACCAGAGUGGAGAAAAGAGGAAGCUCAGUAACGGAGACCAGCCCCUCUGGGAGCGCAUACUGCAGGGGCCCUCUGAUGACAUCAUGAAGAUCUUCUUGAUGGAUAUGGACGAACAGGAAGUCAGCAACGAUGUGAACAUAACCUCAAGAAUUCUGGAGGCCAAUAAAGGCAUCAACCAUAUUCUGGUGGAGGGUGAUGUCGCUCUGUCAAAGAAGAGGAAUGCCAUGAAAUGCUUGAGCGGCUAUUGUAAAUGGAAAAAGUCCUACAACGGACUGGUUGAGGUCCCUUAUACCAUCAGUGACUAUUUUUACGACAGCGAAAAGGCCUCAAUUGAGAAAGCUAUGGAAACUUUCCACCAGAAGACCUGUGUUCGUUUUGUUCCUUAUUACGCCCAGUCAGACUACCUGAGGAUCAAGAGUGAAAUGGGGUGCUGGUCCAAUGUUGGCAGAGAUGGGGGCGAGCAGCUGGUUUCUCUGUCUGUGUAUGGUUGUCUCGAUCAUGGGAUCAUUCAGCACGAGCUCCUCCACGCACUGGGCUUCCACCAUGAGCACACGAGGAGCGACAGGGACCAGUAUGUCAGGAUCAACUGGGAAAAUGUCCCAUCAGUACAUUCAUCCAACUUCCACAAAAGGGACACCAACAACUUGAACAUGCCAUAUGACUAUUCCUCUGUGAUGCAUUAUGGAAGGACUGCUUUUACAUCAGUGUUUGGAGAAGACACUAUUACUCCCAUCCCAGAUUCAUCUGUGCCAAUUGGACAGAGGAAUGACAUGUCUGAUAUUGAUAUCCUCAGGGUCAAUAGGUUAUACGAAUGCAACAUUUGAAAGAAAAAGAAGAAAACUCACGAGACGGUGUACACGCUGUUGUCUCAAAAACAACAUGAGUGGCAAUGUGUGUCAUCAGACUG